CUAUCCUGUCGACUUGAAUCGAUCUUGGAAUGGUCGAAGCAUAUCACACUCGAGGCCUGGCCGCGUCAAUCUGAUGCAACGAACCAGGGCUAGGGCGGCAAUCUUCCCGGAUCAUGGGGGCGGAUAAGAGGUUUACUCAGUGUAAUGAUGGCUGAGCCAAUAGCAUCGCACCGAAUGGUGAUGUAGAAGAGAUAGGCAUGUUGGUGUAUUGCGAUAGAGGAUAUCAAGGAUGGUGGUACAUAAAAGCAGAAGGCAAGUCCGCAGCUUUUUUACGUUAUCCUUUUUGUUUGACGCUUUUUUGGCUCAACAAUGUCUAUACACGCGCCAGAAACCAUUGCGAUGGGAAAUAUGGAGGAGAAAAAGAUUUCGCACGCUCAGGAGGGGUAUGUUGCCUCGGACGUCGAGAGUGGCACGAUUCUUCCUGAGUAUGAUCAAGACGGCCCACUCGAGUUCGAGGAGAAGAAGGAGCUCAAACGUGGUCUGAACCAGAGGACCAUUCAAAUGAUUGCAUUGGCCGGCACAAUUGGUACAGGUCUAUUCUUGUCUUCAGGGAAAGCCAUCUCUCGAGCUGGCCCGUUGGGUGCCUUCCUGGGUUAUACCUUCGUCGGCUUCCUGUGCUCAGGCGUUGUCAUGUCCAUCUCGGAGCUGAGCACUUUAGUCCCACUUAGUGGUGGUAUCACUCGCCACGCCGAAUACUUCGUCGACCCAGCCCUCUCGUUCGCAAAUGGUUGGAACCAAGUAUACGCCAAUCUUGUCAGUGUACCUGCUGAGCUCUGCGCUGCCGCCGUCUUGUUCGAGUUCUGGACAUCCAACGUCAGUAAUGCUGUCUGGAUUGUUGUUCUUGGAGUGUGCCUCAUUGGAUCCAACAUUGCCUUCGUCAGGAUCUAUGGUGAACUCGAAUUCACCUUCGCAACAUUGAAAAUUAUGCUCAUCAUUGGCAUCAACAUUAUGGCUUUAGUCAUUACCUGCGGCGGCGGACCUGAUCAUACAAGCAUUGGCUUCCAGUAUUGGGUAUCUCCAGGGCCCUUCGUUCAAUAUUUGGGCUACUCAGGCUCUUUGGGCCAAUUCCUUGGAUUUUGGACAACUUUCAGCAACGCUGUCUACUCAUACUCUGGCAUUCAAAACAUCUCGAUCGCUGCAUCUGAGACUCAGAACCCUCGCAGGAACAUACCGAUGGCAGCAAAAAGAAUCUUCGUCCGUGUUCUGCUGUUCUACGUUCUCACCAUAUUCAUGGUCGGUCUUGUGGUACCCUCAAACGACCCUCAUCUAUUGAAGUCCACUGGCACCGCCUCCCAAUCACCUUUCGUCAUCGCUGCCUCAAGAGCGGGCAUCAAAGUGGUUCCGUCCAUCAUCAACGCCGUCAUCCUAACCAGCGCCUGGAGUUCCGGAAAUGCUAGUAUGCUCGCCGGAUCUCGCAUUCUGUACGGUAUGGCCAAGGAAGGACGUGCACCAAAGAUUUUCACCAAGACCAACCGCUUUGGCAUUCCCUGGGUCUCGGUCAGCUUGUUCAGUAUCUUCUUGUGCCUUGCAUUCUUGUCGCUGUCCAAUGGAGCCAAUGUCGCCUUCACCUGGCUGCAAGAUUUGGUCUCUGUUGCCGCCAUGGUCGACUGGAUGGUCAUCUGCGGAGUAUACCUACGCUUCUACUACAGCAUGAAGAAGCAGAAUAUCUCGCGCAGUGAAUUACCAUGGGCUGCUCCCUUACAACCAUAUCUCGCAUGGGUGUCUUUGUUCUCCUUCGGCAUACUAUUACUCACGGGCGGAUAUGUCAGCUUCUUGCAUGGACACUGGGACACCGAGACCUUCAUUUCGAGUUACUUCAACAUUCCACUGUUCUUGAUCCUGUACUUCGGCUACAAGUUUGUCAAAAAGACGAGCAUCAUCCCGCUGGAAGCUUUGCCCAUCCGUCACUUCAUUGAUAUUGCAAAUGCAAACCCCGAGGCCCCUGAACCGCCAAAGGUGGGAUGGCACAAGUACAACUUCCUUUGGGAGUAAACUUAUUGUAUAUUGCCAGAUCAAAAUCAGACGUGGAGUAUAAGGGGCUUUGAAGUUUACAGAUGGAACAAGGGAUAGAUGAGUAGAUCACUGUACAAAUCCAUUCAGGACAAAGUUGAGUGCACCAUCAUAGGUGCUGAAUCUUGUCACUUUUAGCCAGCUCUCGCUAUCACAACGAAGGUCAUCCGGGUCGCAGGAACGCACAAUGCUUUUGAGAUCAAUACAGCCCUCCACAGACAAGCGCGGAGAUUUACACUCUCAGUGGAG